AUGAUGAUGAUGAUGAUUUAGUGUUUCCUUCACUACUUUACUUCGAUGCGGCAGGAUGCAAAAUUUCAGACUCCGGUUUCCUUAUGACAGUUGGUUGUGUCUUCACCUUAAGAAAGCUUGAUCUUUCAGAAAGCAAUUUUGUUAGUCUUCCCGCUUGCCUUGCCAAAUUUAUCAAGUUGGACGAGCUUUUCUUGAAAGGGUGCAAGAGGCUUCAAGAAGUUUCGGAGCUUCCACCAUGUUUGAAACUGCUAGAUGUGGGAGGUUGCGUAUCAUUGGAAAAAAUUUCAAAGUUAUCGAACUUUUUAACUUUUUUUUUUAUAGAUGGGGCCCAAAGGUUAUCAAACAUUUUGAAACAUCAAAAAUUGCAAAUGUUUGAGUUGCUGGAUUUGACCAAUUGCUGGAGACUGUGUCACAAUCUGGUUCAGGAGGCAGAGAAGAGAGGUUUGUUAGUGAAUGAUAAUAAUCAUCAUGUGAAGGCUGAUCUUUUCUCUCUUUUACUCUCUUCUCAAAAGUCUCCAUUCAGUGUUCUAUUUCCAGGAAGUCCUGAAUUUCUAAAGUGGUUCCCCUGUCAAGAGGAUUUCAAAGGGUCCCGACCGUUUGAAUUUCAUAUUCAAGUCCUUGGUAAUUUCACAUGGCAGAACACAGGAUUGGCUCUAUGUGUUGCUUGCAACGAAUUUAUAUAUUGGGAUUUCAAAAUUCGUAUCAAUGAAGAAAUAAUGUGGAGUGAAUUUGGUACUCCUUCCGAAUUGAACGGAGCCUACUAUACUGGUGGGGCUCGUAUAUGGCUGCACUAUAUUCCGUUCAAUAGGAUGUCUUCUACGCGUUCGUCUGGUUAUAGGCGUCCGCUGCCACCUUUUGAAUGUCGAGUUACUAUUUAUGAAACAAGAAUCUCACGUAACCAUGUUCCCUUGAAAAUAAACUGCGGAAUUUACCUGGUGAUGCCACCAAAUGAAGAGUGUAUGAAAUUAUGCCAUGCACAAAACUUCACGGAUAGACUCGAAGCAGAGAACUAACUUGAUGAUGAACUCUAUUCAAGUGACGACUAUGUUGAUGAACUCGAAUUAAGUGACUCUGACAGCAAGUUGGCAACUAGCUCUAGAGAAGAAGGGCCAUCAGGACUCAGGAGAGGCCGAAGUCUUUAAUUGGGAAGGCUGGUUACUAGAUUGCUGAUGCUGAUGGACCAAGUGUUGUCAAUGAGAUCUGUAGCAUCACUGCGCUUGCUUUAAUGCAUCACUGGAAUGACUAGAGGAAAGUGAAGGCACUAAUUCUAUGACUUGCUGGAUAACGGUGAAGAAAUCAAUCUUAUUGAUGACGUGAGAUGUUAAACUGCUAUAUUAGCCCAUCAUGAAUUUAUGCACCAUUUCUUUUUCUUUUUUUUGAAGACAAUUAUGCACAUUUCAAGUUUCAACAGUGUU